UAUGUGCAGAGGUAGAUUUUGACUGAUCGCGAUUUCACCGGGGGUUUAGCACCAUGAGCACUGCAAACAAAAUCACUGCAGAAGUGUUUUUCAAUAUGUUUACUGAUUGUACCCCUGCGAGGAUUCACUACAACUGGGUAAACGUAAAGUAAUCAAGAAUACGUGGCAAUUUAUUCAGCGUUACGACAUGACUGAGAUCCGCAAAAGUUUCAUAUCCUCGGCUUUCGGUGGUUUGUCGUCAUGAAAUAUAAACUGCCAGUAGUUUGUCUUUCAGUGAUGUUUGCUGUAACGCUGAGUGUGUUCGGUGGUAGCAUGAUUUCUCCAGCUUUUCUCAGAACAUACAAACAGCCACAAUCGGCAAGGACGCCCAGUCGGGGUCCCAUCAUGAAUUCACACAAGUUUGUAGGUGAUGCAGAUCAGGGCCUUGCCCGUGAAGAGAACAUAGCACUUGGAGGAAAAUGGAAGAGGCCAAUCACCAGAAAGAAUGCGUUGGAAAGCAUCGAAACAAUUCUGGGACGCAUCAAUACGACGGAUCCAACAUGGACUAAAAAGGUUGAUAACUGCUUCAUCUACGGCGAGAAACGCUUGCCUGUUCGCAAGAACUUGUUGCAGAAAAGACGCUGCCAAAAGAGACUGCCAGUUGCCUUAGUCUUAGGGGUUAAGAAGUGUGGUACCGGGACCCUUAGUAGGUUUCUCGAUCUUCAUCCAGCUGUCUCCAUGACUAGCGAAACGUCGUUCCCAGGGAAACGAGUCACUAAAAGUUCCGUCAUAAAUUGGAUCCAACUGAUGCGUUUGAGUAGUCCGUACCAGUUAACUAUGACGGAAAAUCCCAGUUUCUUUAAAUCUAACUUGCCAUUGGACCUUAAGCCUUACCUAUCAUCCAGCGUUAAGUUUUUUGUCAUCUUACGCAAUCCCGUUGAUCGGGCUAUCUCAGACUACCUACAUACGGUAGCACAUUCAAACGCCCCCAAAGAUCGGCCAUUCGACAUAGUUUUCAAUACAGUUAGGGUCCGGGAAACCUUCGAAAAGACAGUACUGGGAGCUGAUGGUUAUAUCGUUUCUUCAACGAUGACAGAACUAGGGCAGUAUGUUGUUUAUUUAAACAAAUUCCUUGAAGUUUAUCAUAGAGACCAAUUCUUGUUCAUUGAUGGUGACGCCUUUGCAAAAGACCCUUACCCAACUUUGUUAAAAGUUGAGGAAUUCCUAGGAUUGCCAAAAUUCUAUAAGCGAAGACACUUUGUGAAGAACCAGACAAAGGGGCUAUAUUGUGCACAAGUACCAGAAAGACCAGAUUUCGGAUGUAUGAUCCCGUCGAAAGGACGCCCUCACCCCAAAGUAUCCCAGGAUAUCUUAAGGAAGCUUCGUGAUUAUUAUCGACCUUACAAUAAAAAACUUCGUGACCAGCUGGGAUUAAAUUUUUCUUGGACUUCUGAAUAGAAAUAGAGAGAUUUGAGGAGAAAAUGAAACACCGUCAAGACUAAGCUUCUGAUAUUCGUAAGCCUGUCGCGGAAUUUCAGGAGUGGACGGUAAGCUCUAAAGGCAUAUGAAGCCGAAUAUAAAGGUGAGGCCUAAUGGGACUCUUGCUAUUCAUUUUUUGAAAGGUCGGUACAGACCAGGAAACAUUGAAAAUUUGACCUCUGACGUUAGUCUACCGAAUCGUUAAAAGAUCAUUUUCAAUACGCCUGCUUGAAGCCCUGAAAAUAUAAAUAAUACUAAAAACAUUAUAAACAUUGACGGUCGGAAGUCAUAAUUUACCAUAGGAAUAU